AUGGCCAUUGUUUUAAGAUUUGUUACUCUAGAUGGUUUUGUUAAAGAGAGAUUCUUUGAUCUUGUACAUGUCACUAAUACUUGUGCAACAACUUUAAAGAAAGAAUUGAUUUCUGUCCUUUCUCAUUAUAAUAUCCAAGUUGAAAAUAUUAGGGAUCAAGGGUAUGAUAGUACUAGCAACAUGCGGGGUGAGUGGAAUGGUUUGCAAGCUUUGUUUCUUAAAGAUUUUCCACAAGCAUACUAUGUACAUUGUUUUGCUCAUAGGUUACAAUUAGCAUUGGUGGCAGCUUCAAGAGAGUUACUUCUUCAACAAUUAAGAGAUGGUGGAUGGUGCAAUUUUCUUGCAAAUGUUAAAGAUUUUUGUGAAAAGCAUGAAAUUGAAAUCCCUAAUAUGAGUGCACAAUAUUUUUUUGGAAGAGGUCGAUCUCGUCAACCAAGUAUGACAGUUGAGCAUCAUUAUCGAAUAGAUGUAUUCUUGGCAACAAUUGACUCUCAAAUACAAGAGUUGAAUAGUAGAUUUAAUGAGCAAACAAUAGAGCUUUUGACUUUGAGUUGUGCUUUGGAUCCUAAUGACAAUUUCAAAUCAUUUAAUAUUGAAGAAAUUAGCAAGUUAGCAGAGAAAUUUUAUCCCCUUGACUUUCCUUAUAAUGAGCUAAAUAUUUUGAAAUCUCAGUUGCAACAUUAUCAGCAUAAUAUACCAAAUCAUUUGAAAGGCAUUGGUACACUUUCUGAAUUGUGCAACAAGUUGCAAGAAACAGGAAAAUCAAGAACUUAUCACAUGGUUGAUAGAUUAAUACAUCUUGUUUUGACUCUACCAGUGUCUACAGUAACAACAAAAAGAGCUUUUUCAGCAAUGAAAAUUGUUAAGACAAGACUCCGAAAUAAGAUGGCUGAUAAAUUUCUUGCAGACAAUUUGGUCAUCUAUAUAGAAAAAGAAUUAGCAUCUAUUUUCGACACAAAUUCAAUUAUAGAUGAUUUUGAAAAUAGAAAAAAACGUCGAAUAACAUUUUCAUGA